AGUCGUUCGACAAACACGAACAUAAAAACAUCUCAGCAUUUGAACACAAUCCUCACCUACACGAUGGCACCCUCACAAAUGGAUUAUCCGCAACAAGAAACCGAAGCGAACCUCGUUUAUACUCAUAAGAAAUUCAACACAGGCUGCUACAAGCACAAAAAAUUUGGCAAGCGCAGCAGCAAAGAGGAGACGGGCACGACCACGCCGCUAUUUCGCCCUUAUGCACUGAGCGACAACACGCCACGGAAGCGUCGUCAGGAGUCGGAGCAGCGCCAUCAUCAACACCAGCUACCGCCCACGCCGCCAACAACGCCUCCACAGCAGCAACAACAACAUCAACAGCAACGGUGGCAGCCACAAACGUACGCGCUACCAACGCCAACAGCCACGCCCACGCCGAUCAUAAAUCACACUCCCACAAUCAUGCCCACACCGAUAAUGAAUCAUCAGGCGUUCGCCUAUGUGCUGCAAAAGCAACGCGCGGUACUCCAAAUACGCCACAUGCUCAGCAUCAAUCCGGAUGCCAACACCUGGCCAGCGGAGUUGCGCAAUGCGCUCUACUCCAUGCUCCAGUCAUGAGUGGAUAUGCGCUUCCUCUUAAUAGGUGGCAUCGACAGAUGCCACCAACUUGGUGAUUUGCCUAGCAACCAGUGAUAUAGAAUUUUAAGUGCCUCAGAGAUUGUACAGGGUAUGAAAUUGUGAAUUAAUGACAUUAAUCUAGACUUAAUAAUUGUACAUACAAAAUAUUGAAUCAAACAUAAUAUUAAGAGAACCAAAUAAAACAAUUGGAUAUACUACA